AACACGCGUGUUAACUCAACAGAAAAUAAACUACUCGUAAAUGCUUGUGACUGAUAGAAUGGGAGUUUGAAUCCCGGUUCUCUCUAGUUCGCCUAGUUUAAGAAGAGUUUCGGUUAGGAGCAUGGGAUUCAGGAAUGAGUAUCGAAAUAAGUGACACCCGUAUAGUUGGGGGAGUGGAGCAGAAUUGAUCCAACAUAUUUCAGAAACGGAAAAAAAAUGAAGAACGAAGCUCAUUCCAAUUCCAGAGCCAAACAUGCAGAGGAAGGGGAGGACUUAUUAUGAUUACCUUGGCGAAUGGCGAUUGGAUUCCCGAAUGAACCAAACGGCCUGUAUUCCACAGUGUUGGUUCUGGACAAGCCGCGUUUUAUUCUUGAAACUGUGACUGGGAUCCCGGGUUCACAUCACUCAUACUUUUGAUCUCUCUGGGAUUUCCUUGUGACUUUUAAGUUCUGGUGCUUAUUUGCCACAAGCAGAGACUGCCGCAACAAGCUGUUUUUGGCAAUUAUCCCAGCCAAUUCAAUUUUUUAUGUGUAAGAUGGGAAAUUCUGGACGCAGUUUGAUUGUCAGAAGGCCAAAUGAAACCAUGAUAAUUCUAGUUGCCGUAUUUGUUGGAUCGGUUUUUGGGUUCUUAAUUGGAGUCUCACUCCCAAAACUUUCAUUUACCAAGCUAAAUAUCACAUCCAGCCUUAUUUGCGAAUUUUCAGAUGUUGGGAACAAAAUUAGAAGUAAUUCUAGCCAAAUCUGUGGAGAUGCUUUGUCUCCCCUCAUUGAGAGUGAAAACAAUUCACGUAGAAGUCAAAACAUGAGUGAUCUACAAAAGAUGUGGGUCCCCUCAAAUCCAAAAGGUGCAGAAACAUUACCUCCAGGCAUUCUCGCCAUUGAGUCAGACUUCUUUCCUCGUAGGUUAUCCGGCAAACCUAGUGAAGACCUAACCCACAUACCGAAAUAUCUGGUGAGCUUCACUGUCGGCUAUGAUCAGAAGAAUAAUAUUGAUGCAGCUGUGAAAAAGUUUUCAGAUAACUUUACUGUACUUCUGUUCCAUUAUGAUGGCAAAACAAGUGAAUGGGAUGAGUUUGAGUGGUCUAAGCGGGCUAUCCAUGUCAGUGUUCCUAAACAGACAAAAUGGUGGUAUGCCAAAAGAUUUUUGCACCCCAGUAUUGUUGCACCCUAUGAAUACAUAUUUAUAUGGGAUGAGGACCUUGGAGUUGAACAUUUCAAUGCCGAAGAAUAUAUAAAACUUGUUAAGAAGCAUGGAUUGGAAAUUUCGCAGCCCGCUUUGGAGCCUACUGGAGUUUUAACUUGGCAGCUGACAAAGAGAAGAGAAGAUCGCGAAGUGCACAAAGAAACAACGGAGAGACCGGGAUGGUGCUCUGAUCCCCAUCUCCCUCCGUGUGCAGCAUUUGUGGAAAUCAUGGCUCCCGUCUUUACUCGAGACGCAUGGCGCUGCGUGUGGCAUAUGAUUCAGAAUGACCUGGUCCAUGGUUGGGGCAUUGAUUUUGGGGUCCAAAAAUGUGUCGAGCCUGCUCAUGAGAAAAUUGGAAUUGUUGAUGCUCAGUGGAUUGUUCACCAAUCCGUUCCUUCACUAGGGAACCAGGGUGAGUCUGAGAAUGGCCAAGCUGCUUGGAGAGGGGUACGAGAGAGGUGUCAAAGAGAAUGGUCCAUGUUCUCGAGAAGGAUGGAGAAUGCGGAGAAAGCAUACUACAAGGAUAAAGGAAUUGAUCCUUCCAAUUUCACAAAAUCUCGGCACUAAAGCAACAAGUCAAACAACUGAAUUCAUUAACACUCUACUUCUUCUUGUAUUGCUAUGCCUUAUUCGCCAACUGUCAUUGAUGCUACUAUACCAUUCGCUGGGUACUGAAAUCAAGAACUUUCUGCAAUUAAUUUUAAGGUCCUGGCACUGAAAGUGCCAUAUGUAAGCAUAUUAUUAGAAGAGCAAAAGGGUCCAGGAUACGUGGUGGUCUCCUCUGACUUCCACUUCCUGAGUUCCUGAUUCCAACUGCAAGCAAAAGAGCACCGAGUCUCGAUCGGUACAUAGAUAUAACUCGUCCGAAGGUGGGAUUCUUGAAUGCCAUCGACUACUAGUUAAUUAAUGUUGUACGGUGCUGAACAAAUUGCUUGCUUUCUUUGCCUUCAACAAUCUCUGCUGCCAUCUUUGAAUUUGAUUUUCCGUUUCAACUAGUUGUUUGAAAUCAUCAUAAUUUAAGGAAAUAAAAAAGGGGAACAUCUAUGGGGGUGUGUUGUAACUUCCCUUGUCCGGCUCAAGGCACGAUAUCAUUGCUACUGAUUAACACAGUUGAGUCCAUGCUGUUAUUCAAGAAUAUGGUUAGAUCUCUACUAGAAGUAGUAGCUGGUGCUACUUUAGGUUCAGAGGAAGAUUCAUCUCAUGAAAGGUUUGAGGGUUCGAGAAGAGCAGGAAGAGUUUCCAUUACCCGCCAUGGAUCUCUAUGCAGAAACAGGUGCAAAAAUGUUGCCAGAACCGACAACAGUGCUGGCAUCAUCAGUGGUGGAAACAUGUAGACUUCGAUGGAGUGCGGUGUUUGUCUGUGUGGGUUUGAAGCUAAUGAGGUGGAGAGAAAGUUGUCCUGCAAGGACUUCUUCCACAAGGGUUGUUUGCAGAAGUGGUUUGACAAUCAGCUACUUCUUGUCCUCUUUGUCGCUCGAUAUUAUAAGUGGCUGGGGUAUGAGCAUUUAGCAACAAGAAUAUAUGACAGGAUACAAUCAAUUGCUUUUUGGCCCACAAUUUCGUUAUCUUCAUCCUUUUUUGAGUUCUUCCUCUUUUCUUUUUUCAAGAUUUUUGGAAGAUUCAUCAAGAUCUGUUGCCUACUCGUGGUUUGUAGUAUUUCUUUUCUGUUAUAUCAUUGCUCUAACAGAAGAGAAU